AUGCAUUCGUUUUCCACCCAGCUGGAGAAAUGUAAGCCCCAUGGGGAGAAUUUUCAUUUUCUAGUCAAUGUUGGGGAAGAUUGUCCAGUUUUUGAGGGCGUCUAUGAUUAUUGCCAAAUUAGCGCUGGCGGCUCUAUUGCGGCAGCAAUGAAGCUAAACCAUGGACACACCGACAUCGCCAUAAACUGGGCUGGCGGGCUGCAUCACGCAAAAAGGCAAGAGGCAUCUGGGUUUUGCUAUGUCAACGACAUUGUUUUGGCCAUCCUCGAGCUUUUGAAAUACCACAAAAGAGUUCUUUACAUCGAUAUCGAUGUGCACCAUGGCGAUGGGGUUGAGGAGGCCUUUUAUACGACCGACCGAGUUAUGACAGUGUCUUUUCAUAAAUGCGGUGAAUUCUUUCCCGGAACUGGCGACAUCAAGGAUAUCGGCUACAGACGCGGGAAAUACUACUCCAUAAACUGUCCUCUUCGCGAUGGCGUCACCGAUGAAUCUUUCGCGAGCAUUUUUGAGCCUGUCAUUUCUCAUGUGAUGCAAUGGUAUCAACCGAGCGUGAUUGUCCUCCAAUGCGGAGCUGACUCUCUUGCAGGAGACCGUCUUGGUUGCUUUAACCUGUCAUCGUCGGGCCAUUCAGAUUGUGUCGCGUUUGUUAAAAAAUUCAAUAUCCCUCUGUUGCUUUUGGGUGGCGGCGGGUACACGAUAAGAAACGUCUCCCGGGUGUGGACCCUGGAGACCGCAAUCGCCCUUGGAGAGACUAUUUCGGAUGAACUCCCCUACAACGACUAUUUUGAGUACUUUUCACCAGACUAUUCGCUAUCCGUGCCCGCCUCUAAUGCUACCAACUACAAUACCAGAGAGUAUUUAGAAAAAUGCACCUCCAUUAUUAUUGAGAACCUAAGACAGACACAAUUUUGCCCCAAUGUCCAACAACAAGAUAUUCCUUCAGAUUACUUUACCGACUCUGCAUCAGAAGCAGAUGAAAACUACGAAGAAGAGGAGCAGGAAAGAGAGAGAAAGAAAAAUUUUUACAGGAAAAAACACAUGUUAAAUGACGAAGGGCAGCACAUCUAUGUCGAUGAUGAUGAUAUUUGA